ACCUGCUCUGGAGAUCGACCCAGCAGGGGGUGGGGGGCGGGCUCGGUGGGCUCCUCCAGAACCUUCAUGACGAGGACCAGUGUGGAGCGCUCGACACACUCAGCAGGACGCGCACUGGCACUGCGCGCGCGACGCACGGAGAGGACGGCGGGGACGGCGGCGGCGGCGGCGGCAGAAUCAUCCCCGGGACACACGCGCUCCUCCUUCUCCAUCUGAAGCCCACAAGCAGCGGACUCCCGGACUGCGACCUCAGCCUGCCCGCGGGACUCUAACCUUUUUUGGAAGGAUUCGCCCAGUUGUGCCCGCGUCUGCUCCGGAUGCUCAGAAAUGGGGGAAUGGACCAUACUAGAGAGGCUCCUGGAGGCUGCUGUCCAGCAGCACUCGACCAUGAUCGGCAGGAUCCUGCUCACGGUGGUGGUGAUCUUCAGGAUUCUGAUCGUGGCCAUCGUGGGGGAGACGGUCUACGAUGACGAGCAGACCAUGUUCGUGUGCAACACCCUCCAGCCGGGCUGCAACCAGGCCUGCUACGACAAGGCCUUCCCCAUCUCCCACAUCCGCUACUGGGUCUUCCAGAUCAUCAUGGUCUGCACCCCGAGUCUCUGCUUCAUCACCUACUCCGUCCAUCAGUCCGCCAAGCAGAAGGAGCGGCGCUAUUCCACCGUCUACUUGACCCUGGACAAGGACCAGGACUCGCUGAAGAGGGACGAGAGCAAGAAGAUCAAGAACACCAUCGUCAACGGGGUUCUGCAGAACACCGAGAACUCCACCAAAGAAGCCGAGCCCGACUGCCUGGAGGUCAAGGAGAUCCCCAACUCCGCCAUGAGAACUACAAAGUCCAAAAUGCGGCGCCAGGAGGGAAUCUCACGCUUUUACAUCAUCCAGGUGGUUUUCCGAAACGCCUUGGAGAUCGGCUUCCUGGUGGGUCAGUACUUCCUGUACGGGUUCAACGUCCCGUCGGUGUACGAGUGCGACCGCUACCCCUGCAUCAAAGACGUCGAGUGCUAUGUAUCCAGACCCACGGAGAAGACCGUGUUCCUGGUCUUCAUGUUCGCCGUCAGCGGGUUCUGCGUGGUCUUGAACCUGGCGGAACUCAACCACCUGGGCUGGAGGAAAAUCAAAACGGCGGUCCGGGGCGUGCAGGCCCGCAGGAAGUCCAUUUACGAGAUCAGAAACAAGGACUUGCCGAGGAUGAGCGUGCCGAACUUUGGCCGCACUCAGUCCAGUGACUCCGCCUACGUGUAAUCAGAAAGUGGUCCGACCCGCACGCCCACUUUUUUUAUUUCAUAAUUUAUUCCAAGGGACUUGAACGUGGGCCCCGCCCCCCCGCCCUCCACGUCAUUACUGAUGCAACUUUUUACGAACAUUUCUACUCUGACGUGUUCACGUAUUUACUCUUCAGCUCCGCUUGAAGAAGCGACGGCGGUUCCGGUCGGCUACAGUGCGCCAUGCCGGGUCACUUCCGGGUGAACAUCCAAAAUUACCAACAAUCUUCACUAAGGAAAUGACAAAAGUGAUCGAGAUUCCCCAAAAAAGCUCUCGCUUUCGCCUUAAAUCCUCAUCUUUUUUUACGUUUAUUUUCAGUUUUCGAUGCUAACGUUCGUCACAAUGCUAAUGCGACUUUGAAGGCGUUUUCCUGCCUGUGAUCAAAGGAAACCAUUUUUAUUUUCAUGUGACCUUUUAUUUUCAACGCCCCCCCCCCCAUAAAGUUGCCUUUUAUCUCCAACCUUCCGAUCGAAGAUGUGACCCCGCCCACUUCCUGUCCGACCGGGACGCUGUCGCGGAGAGAGUAAAUAAACAAGAAUUGCACUACGGAGGUGAACACCAGAGAGCCUGAGUUGAUCCAAAAACAUGCUGACUGUUUCUUGGAGACCUUUUUGAACUGAACAUCUGACCCGGUGGCUCCGAGCUUCAUCAGCGUCCGGUUCUGUUCUCGUCGUGGCCUCGGUUGCACCACUGACCUUAAACAUCGUUCCAUCGCUUCGGUCUGCUGCUGACGUCCUCCGCUGCUUUCUGCUCUUCUGUUUCUGUGUAAUCAAGUGCCAUACCUGUACAUAGACAUGAUAUAUAUCUGUAAACAUACGAAUAUAUAUAUGCUAUAUAGACGCAACCAUCAGGAGCCGACGCCGGAGUCACUUAUUGUUUUCUAUCGGCUUCAAUGUUUGUUGUGAUUUUAACGCAGAAUUAUGACGCUUCUCUGGUUUGUUUGGUCGGAAUGUGACGGAGAGGAAACUGCUUGAUAUGAAUAUAACUAUAACACACACACACGUAAAUCAGAGCUGCAUGAUACACAGAAGCUGUGACCAACUACAUGGUUGACACGUAUUUAUUUAUAGCAAACUGUCAUGGCGGCACAGCCAGGGGGCGCUGUUUGAACACAUGAACACAUUAGCGGGUAAAUAUGCAACGCUAACCAAAUAUUUAAGGUCAUCCAAAUAUUUUCUACAUCAGCAGAUAGGGCGCCACCUCUGGACGAAUUUUUGUCUGUAUUUGUUUUUGUGUUUUCGUGCCUGAUGCUGUUCUAGUCCCUUUUGCUAGUUUCCGUAUUUGCCGUCACAGAUGGUGCUGCUGUAUUUAAAAAUGACAAAUAAUUCACCCGCAAGCCUCCAGGGGGAGCACAGAAGCCAUCUUUAUGUCGCUUUUUCUUUCUGACAAUAUUUUUAAUGUUGUUUUUCUUGAAUAUUUGAACAAACGUUCAUUUUCUAUUUUGGAUUUUAUAAGGUGGGUCGUGAAAAAAAGAGCUGAGUCGGCGCAGACACCAUAAAGACGGACCAAUCAGGACGCUGCUCCACAAAGAAACAUGAAUUAAAAUAUACUUUUUGUUCCUCUGCACCUUUUGGGACCAAAUCAGAGGGCAAAUAAAUGCUAACAAAGCUCAGAUUUCUGUCUUUGACAAUUUUUGCAUCUGUUCCAGGCCUCACAGUCGGUUGUGUAUCGUGCAGCUCUUGUUUACGAAAGCACACACACACACACACACACACACACACCAUGACAUGAGACAGCACAAGACAUUUUUAAUGACGGGGCGACACAGAAACCUGCUCUGGUGCUACAGUUUUAUAGAACGGUUUUAAAAUUGUACCAGAACCUGAACUCAAAGAUCAAUAAACCACACGACGUCUGAAAUAAACUUCCACGUGCACCAGAAACGUGUCUGU